AUGAAAAAACGUAAACAAGACCAAAUAAUCGAAAUCGUGGAUGAUGAUGACACAGCCUCUUCUCCUUCAGGCAAGUCUUGCUGCUCCUUCAUACUCUCCUUGAAGGAAAAUAAAUUUGCAAGCCUCUCACUCGACACUUCCAAAGCGCACAUUGUCAAACAAAAAAGUAUUACCAAUUAUUUCAAACAAUCAUCAUCAUCAUCUCCUCACGAAAAGAAAUCCAAACAAACCAAACAUGAAAAACAUUCCUCUCAGAUCAUUCAAGCACCUUCCGAAAAAUGGUUCUCUGAUAAAAUGCCCAUAUUGAAAGUGGAAGAUAUUCAAGUCACAAAUAAUCAUUCUUCAUCAAGUGUUACUCCUCCUCCAUUGUUUCAAAAAGUCAACACACAACUUUCUUCUGAAAUGAAUAUUAAGAAUAAGAAGGUGACAUUCCAAUUGAAUUGUGCCAUUUCAUGUUUUCAGGACUCGAUGAUUUGUGCACAUGUUUCAGUUCCAAUCAAAAACAAAAAGUCUCACCUUGUUGUUAUUGCAUCCACGACUGGAACAAAAAGACAAAUUCCUCAAUUUUCUCUUUCCUUCUUAAAAUCAGCGUUGCAAAAAACAGUUCGAUUAGGAAAGGCAGAAUCUAGUGUAAGAAUUGCUGCUGUCAUGAUUUACAAAUUUUCCUUUUUGGAAUUUCUCAGAAGAAUUCAUAUCAUUAUUGUUGAAGAUGCUAUUUUACAUCCAAUGACUUCUCUUGUUGCUUGGAUGAUGACGUUUUACAGUGGAAAGAAUUUUUCAAAUGAGGAAUCAAUUGUCAUCCCAAAACUGUUUGUGGAUGCAUGUUUACAAAUGGUUUAUGAUAUUUCCAAUGUGAAAUUUAGAGAAAAUCUCAAUCAAAUUGAGGAAUUUAUCAAUGAAGAUGAAGUGAAUUCUCUAUUUCAAAACAGUAAUCUUCCCAUGACCUCAAUAGAAUCCACUCUUCUUAGAUCUUUAUUUAUUAGAUCCUGUUUUGGAGGAAUGACAGGAGAUAUCACACUCUUAAACUCUCAAGCAUAUUUAUGGCAAUUAAGAUUUUCCAAAAGAGUCGAACUUGCAUCCUCCAUGAAUGCACAAACAUUGAAGUUUGAACAAUUGAAAAUUCCACCCAUCUUUCAAUCACUCCUUUCUCAACAAGCAUUUGAUUCGAGCUCAGAAUGGUUCAAAUAUUUGUGUGCACUCUAUUACCAUCCUGAUUGUAAUCACAAAUUGUGCGAAAAAACUCAACGAGAUAGCUUUAUUCAAACUUUCUGCAACAAACCUUACCAUAGUGAGCUAUUCUUUGGAGAUUUACUUGUCAGUUCUGUUGAUUAUCAUUGUUUUCCAUCCCUUAUUGAAAAGUGUUGUGUCAAGUAUCAACAAUUGAAGGACAGUAGUUCUACUUUCACUCCUACCUUUAGUACAGCCACUCAUCAUGCUUCACACAUUCAACUACAGAAACAAGCCUAUCAACUCUCCAACGACGAAUUAUCCAAUGGUAUCAAACAUGUGAUUUGGCAUAAGAGUUCCAAAUUGAAUAUUCGAAAUAUUAUUUCCACGACUCACAGUGAGGCGAAGAAUGAUGAUUUGAAAAGUGUUCACACGAAUAAUAUGAAGAGUGUCUCUUCCUCAAAGGAUGAAUCUUCCUUGAACAUGAGCUCUUCCACAUCAAUGACAAGUACAGAUUUUAAUCAAUGGCUAGAAAUGGAAUGGAAUCAUUGCCUUACUCCAGAAGAAAAUGAAAUUUAUCAAGUAUUGGCUCCUCAUUUAACUCCUCUUCAUGUGAAAACUUUUCAAGCUCAAUGCCUUUGA